CGUCAACACAAAGCAGAAGAAGAAGCAGCGCGGAACGAACACACGAAGAAGAAAUUCCAUCGCGCUUUCAGCUAGCUUGACAGGUGAACCGGAGGAGAAUUUCAGAUAGUUUCCCUGGUCUGUCGCCUCCCACCAACGCAGGAUAGUCUGAUUUUUAUCUGGUUCCCUGCCACCAUGCCAGCCGCACUUACAGAUUCCAGCCAGUUAAUCUGUGAGGUCUGGGCCAGCAACAUGGAGGACGAGAUGAGGAAAAUUCGGCAGAUCAUUCAGAGCUACAAUUUCAUCGCUAUGGACACCGAAUUCCCCGGGGUCGUGGUGCGGCCCAUUGGCGAAUUCCGCAGCACGGUGGAUUACCAGUACCAGCUGCUGCGUUGCAACGUGGACCUGCUGAAGAUCAUCCAGCUAGGCCUCACGUUCAUGAACGAGGAUGGAGACCACCCCCCCGGCACCACCACAUGGCAGUUCAACUUCAAGUUCAACCUCACAGAAGACAUGUACUCGCAGGACUCCAUAGACCUGCUGCAGAACUCCGGCCUGCAGUUUAAGAAGCAUGAAGAAGAAGGAAUCGACACACUGUACUUUGCCGAACUGCUCAUGACGUCCGGUCUGGUUCUGUGUGAGAACGUGAAGUGGCUCUCCUUCCACAGCGGCUACGACUUCGGCUACCUGGUGAAGCUGCUGACGGAUGCUCGGCUGCCAGAAGAAGAGCACGACUUCUUCCAGAUCCUCAACCUCUUCUUCCCGGCCAUCUACGACGUCAAGUACCUGAUGAAGAGCUGCAAGAACCUCAAGGGCGGACUGCAGGAGGUGGCGGACCAGCUGGAGCUGAAGAGGAUCGGGAGGCAGCAUCAAGCGGGAUCUGACUCGCUGCUGACCGGGAUGGCCUUUUUCAGGAUGAAAGAGCUUUUCUUUGAGGACAACAUCGAUGACGCCAAGUACUGCGGGAGGCUCUACGGGCUCGGUUCUGGAUCCACUCAACCUCAGAACGGCAUCUCCAGCUCAAGCCAGGAGGAGACCAAUAACAAGCACUGACCCCUGCACUUGUUUUAACUCCGGCCAGCACCGCCCCUCCUCACGCGGACCUCCUAGAGACUCUUACCAGAUCCUCCACCAGAACACGAUCUCCUUUUAGCGGCUUUUAGUCGACGUUCGUACAUUUGGAAGAUUUUUAAAUCCAGUUUUUGUUGGCGGCAUGUGUUGUGACCGCCAGAACUCUGAAUAUUCUGGUCACAGGGAUUCGUUUUUACUGCUGGACGGGCCUGUAAAUGAAAUGUAUAAUUUUGUUGAAAUAAAAAAAAUGUUUUAGCUUUU